AAGAUACUGUUAAUAAAUAUGAGAAUAAUGAUAUUGAAAUUAUAGAUAUUAGUGAUAACACUGAAAUUGUAGAUGUAGAUAAUGAUAUUAAUAUAAUUGAUAUUAGUGGAGAUAUUGAUAUAAUUGAUAUUA